CCUGCCAGUCAGGACAGUCAGACAGAACAACUGCUAACAAAGCUCACUGACACUGCUUCUGAACUGCAAGUUUCAACAGCAGAUCUUAACUCAGUAAAAGAUGGACUUCAAAAUGAGCUACAUGGCUGAGGAAUGGAGCCUCAAGAUGCCCAAUGGACUGGACUUGGAGGUUUCACAUCAUCCAGUGACAAUGAAGAGUGUGGUCAACCUCACCAUUGCCGUGAACCGGUUAAUGACCAGCACUUCAGAGCCAGUACUGAGCACAGACUUCCAGGAUGAAAAUCUGCUUUCCAUCAGGCUGGAGAGGACUGUGGAAGAGGACAGUAUAAUAGAGAGGACAGGUCCACCACCUCAGUUCACCAGCAGGGGUGAGACUGAGUGCACUGUGACUGACAGCCAAAAGAGGAGCUUAGUUCUGGUCCAAAGCAGCAUGGAGCUCCAUGCAGUGAUGCUGCAGGGAGGCAGUGAUGACCGCAAAGUGCACCUGAACAUGUCGACCUACGCGCACCCUGAACCCAUCGCUGAGACCAGGCCUGUCGCUCUGGGCAUCAAAGGCACAAACCUCUAUCUGUCUUGUCACGAGGAUGACGACAAGCCAACCCUCCACUUGGAGGAGGUGACGGAUAAAAACAGUCUGUCAAGGAUAAGCGCUGAAAGCGACAUGGUGCGAUUUCUCUUCUAUAAACGCGACACUGGGCUCAGCAUCAGCACUCUCAUGUCUGUCCGCUACCCCAACUGGUACAUCAGCACAGCGCAGGACGACGACCAGGUGGUGGAAGUGUGUCAGGAGACCGCCCCACGCUACAGAAGCUUCAACAUCCAGCGCCAGAGUUAAAACCCAUUAAAGAUUCCCAAGAUGAAUUUAGGAGCUCUAUUUGUGCUCCAGUUUGACCUUCUUACUGUAUGUGC